GGACCCAGUCCUCCAUCCUUCCGUCUUCUGUGUUUCUAGUGAAGAAGCCUCAGGAAGCCACACGCAGCAUGUACCUCGACAUCUGUACCAGGUACCUGGGAGACCACGAUGCCACUAUGUCCAUCCUGGAUAUAUCCAUGAUGACUGGCUUUGCUCCUGACACUGCUGACCUCAAGCAGCUGAGCAGUGGCACUGACAGGUACAUCUCAAAGUUCGAGUUGGACAACAAGGCCUUCUCCAACAAGAACACCCUCAUCAUCUACCUGAACAAGAUCUCACAUGAUCAAGAGGACUGUGUAUCCUUCAAAGUUCACCAGUUCUUUAAUGUGGGGCUCAUCCAGCCAGGGGCAGUCAAGGUGUACUCCUAUUACAACCUGGAUGAGACUUGUACCCAGUUCUACCACCCAGAGAAGGAAGACGGAAUGCUGAGCAAACUCUGCCACAAUGAAAUAUGCGGCUGUGCUGAGGAGUACUGUUUCACGCACCAGUCAGAUGACCAGGUCACCCCAGAAGACCGGGUGGUCAAGGCCUGUGAGCCAGGAGUGGACUAUGUGUACAAGACCCUUCUGCUCAGGAAGGAGCUGUCCGAUGAUUAUGACGAGUACAUAAUGGUCAUCAAGCAAAUCAUCAAAUCAGGUCAGCCCUGGGCUGCCUUCUGUCUUUCUGUCUUCCCCUCCCUCCUCCUGCCUCCUCCACCCCAGCUCAGCGUCGUUCUCUCUCCUCCAGGCACCGACAAGGUACAGCCUGAACAGGAGCGCAGGUUCAUCAGCCACGUUAACUGCAGAGCAUCCCUGAAGAUGCAGGAGGGGAAACACUACCUCAUAUGGGGCCCCUCCUCAGACCUGUGGGGAGAGAAAUCCAACAUCAAGUACAUCAUCGGGAAGGACACCUGGGUAGAGCUGUGGCCUGAAGCGGACGAAUGCCAAGACGAUGAGAACAAGAAGCUGUGCAGGGACCUGGCCAGCUUCAGAGAGAGCAUGAUCCACAUUCUCAUCUGAAUCUUUGCCUCCUCU